UCUCAACGAGGAAACUUAAAUAUUGAGAAGCGGGUAAGGUGAGCUGAAACUUAGUAACUAUGAGGUCAAUCACAGCUUCAUUCCGACGGUAGCUACAUAUCCACUGGCAAGCCAGGUGAGAGGCGCCUUCCAGGAAACGGCCAGAUUCACUAGCACAGCUGAAUGGCUUAUCAUUUCAAAACUCUUGCCUGUAGUUUCCACUAAGGCGAUUCUUCGCUCGCGCGCUUGGAAACAUAGCGGGUCUGCGCGUACGAUGAGCAGCGUCGGUUCGUGAGAGCCGCUUAUAAAUGUCCACUAAACCGGAUAGGGACCCACAGGUAGAUGCGACCCACCUGGAUUCCCGCAAAGCAGAAUGGGCUGAAGACGCUGACGGACGGGAGGCUCCAGCGCCUCGCAGGCUCGGCCGCAGCCCGAAGUGCGCUCGCUGCAGGAACCACGGCGUCGUGUCGCGCCUCAAGGGCCACAAGCGCCUGUGUCGCUGGCGUGACUGUCAGUGCGCGAACUGUCUGCUGGUCGUGGAGAGGCAGAGAGUGAUGGCAGCGCAGGUCGCCCUCCGGAGACAGCAGGCCACAGAGGGUAAAAAAGGUCAAAAAAACACCUCUGUUCUCAGACGUACAGCUUACCAGCGCUACACGAGGGCACCUAGUCUCCUGGCAAAGAGUAUUCUAGAGGGCUACAAGCCGCCUGUGUCAGAGGACUGGCCAAAAAGACUCCACCAACCCCCGGUCAGUGUUCGUAUGAGGAAGAGGAGAGCGUUUGCAGAUAAAGAGCUGGAGACUGUGAUGCUGGAAAGAGAGCUGAGGCAAAGAGAGAUGGAAGAGUUGCCUGCGCUCCUCCUCCAGGCCGUGGUGCCGUCCGCUCCCUCUCCGUAUUUUUUCCCGUUGUCAGACCCGAUCAUGCCCACAUACAUAUCCAAAAGCGGCCCUCCUUUGACUGACUGUGAUCUCCCUCACCAUCAACACGCGCUUAAAUCCAAGACUCUAGAUGCACUGACAGACAGCGUCUCUCUGAGAGUGUGCGAGAACUGGGACGUUUUCAAUGCGAUUCGGCCUCCGCCGCGCCGUUACAGCGCAAGCCCGGGCGUCAACAUGGUUAAAAACAUACCGGACAGCGGGUUUUCUGAUAUGUCUGUCAAACCGAGAAGUGUAGUUGUUGACACUAUGUCAAAGCGAGACAUUCCUCCCUCGCCGAAUAUGCAAGACGUGCUGGUACGGUCUAAAUCGCCCUACAAACGCUCCAGGUCACUGGGACUCGAGGCAUCUGUGCGGAUGGACCAUACGGAGGGCGCAAACAAAAACCCCGUCAAAAAAGCUGUAACACAGCCAUUACCGUUUUCUGUAGAGGCAUUGCUCAUGAGAUAAAAGCUAACAAUGUACAAUAGCUUUCAGUUUGUUAGCAUAAUGUAUUACAUUAAUAUACUUUACAUUAACAGCCAAUGUCAUUUUUUACACUGUUUAUUAAUGUUGUUUAAUGUUAAUAUCUACGUACACUAAUACACUUUUAACAUCAUGACCUGCUGUAUUACGAAUGAACUUUACGAAUUAACAGUGAACAGCAGCAUUUUUUAUAAAGGAACGUGAAUAUAGAUUAUGAAAUGCUGUUAAAAAGCUAAUUGGUAGUUCAUUAAAUCUGAUGUAUUAAGUGACGUUAACUAAGCGAUGAAACUUUUUUGUAAAUUGAAAUUUAAACAGCUGAGCUUUUUUAAAAAAAUAAAUAAAUAAAUAAUUUUCAAGCAAGCAGAGGAAAAUGAUCAAACGCUUUCUUAAAUUUGCACACUCUUCAUCAGGGGCUGGGAAAUACAGUUUAUUUUAGGGAAUCUCUUCACUUGAACACAUGUGUUUGUGCUUUCAGUUAGUGUCCAUUUUUAUGCAAAGCUGAGGUUUUAGGUUUGAGGAAUCAAAUGGUUGGGAAAAACAACCCCUAGCAACUGUGAAAUGGACUAGUUUGUAGCUUGGCAUGCAAGUUUUUAAAGAAGCUUCCCCAACACUGCACUGAAAAGUUCAAUAAUCAAUAACUUUCUUGUUUAAUAAAAUACUUUUGAUUAGAACACUUUUGAUUCAUUUCUAACUAAAGUUAUUCAAAUGUAUAAUCCUGUUGAAAUCAACUAUAUGAAAUUGUUAAAUGCCUAGCAUAAAAUAUAAAUGCAUCUUUUAUACUUUAUUCCCUUUUCUUCCAGUUUUCUGUUUCACAAUAUUUGAAUUUUAUGUUUUCUGCUUUAAAAAAAAGACUGACGUUUCUUUCUAGUAUGCGUAAAUAGUCAUGAUUAACCAUGUUUCUGGAGUUUUUCAUAUAUUUAAAUUCCAAAUCUGAAAGUCUGAUGUAAACCCAUAGGUAGCCGAGGAUCAAAUGAAA